AUGUCGAAACCAAUGGACGGAGUCGAACAAGAGGUUAAAAUUGAUGAUGCCUUAUAUAGUAGACAACUUUAUGUUUUAUCACAUGAAGCUAUGAAAAAAAUUUUAUCAACUUCAAUUUUAGUUGUUGGUCUUCAAGGUUUAGGUAUUGAAAUUGUUAAGGAUUUAGUUUUAGCAGGUGUCAAAUCAGUUACAUUAUAUGAUAACGAGCUUGUUCAAAUUCAAGAUUUAUCAUCACAAUUUUAUUUCUCACCAGAUCAAGUUGGUAAAGUUUCAAGAUCAAAAGCAUGUGUACAAAAAGUUGUAGAUUUAAAUAAUUAUGUUAGAAUCGAAUCUUAUGAAGGUGAGUUAACUGACGAAUAUUUAAAGAAGUUUAAUGUUGUUGUUUUAGCCAACCAACCAUUAGCCCUUCAAGUAAGAGUCAAUGAGGUUUGUCGUAAUAAUAAUAUUUAUUUCAGCAGUGCUGAAACCAGAGGUGUCUUUGGUUGCUUAUUUAACGAUUUCGGUGAUCAAUUCACUGUUUUAGAUACAAAUGGUGAAAAUCCAGCUUCAUACAUGAUUUCAAGCAUUUCACAAGAAAAAGAAGGUGUUGUCACUGUUGUAGAAGAACAAAAACUCCAAUUCUUUGAUGGCGAUUAUGUCACUUUUAAAGAAAUUAAUGGUAUGUCACCAUUAAAUGACCUUCCACCACAAAAAAUUAAAACUAUUUCACCAUUCACUUUUUCAAUUGGCGACACUACAAAUUUCCCAGCCUAUACUUCAGGAGGUUAUGUAACUGAAGUUAAACAACCAAAACAAUUAUCAUUUAAAUCAUUAAAAACAGUUUUAGAAACUGGUGACAAUAUUUUUAUUACUGACGAUUUUAAAUUUACUCAACCAUCUUCAUUAUUAUGUGGUUUCCAAGCUAUUCAUAAAUUUAAUGAACAACACAAAUAUUUCCCAAGACCACACAAUGCAGCUGAUGCUAAAGAAGUUUUGGAAAUCGCCAAAGAAUUUGCCAAAGUAUUAAAAUAUGACGAAAUUGAUGAAAAAUAUAUUACCCAAUUAUCAUAUGUCGCACAAGGUGAUAUUGUCCCAAUGCAAGCUAUUAUUGGUGGUAUCACAGCUCAAGAAGUAUUAAAGGCCUGUUCAGGUAAAUUCCAUCCAAUCCAUCAACUUGCCUUCUUUGAUUCAGUCGAAGCUCUCCCAGAAGCCGAAUUACCAGAAGAAGAGUUCCAACCAAUUGGAUCCCGUUAUGAUGGUCAAAUCAUUACUUUUGGUAAAACCCUUCAAAAUCAAAUUGAAAAUCUUAACUACUUUUUAGUUGGUGCUGGUGCUAUUGGUUGUGAAAUGUUAAAGAACUUUGCAAUGAUGGGUCUUGGUACUGGCAAAAACGGUUCAAUUCAAGUUACUGAUAUGGAUACUAUUGAAAAAUCAAAUCUCAAUCGUCAAUUCCUUUUCCGUUCAUCAGAUAUUCAACAAUUAAAAUCAGCCACUGCUGCCAAUGCCAUUAAAGUCAUGAACCCAGAUAUUAACAUUAAAGCUUAUUCACUUCGUGUUGGCCCAGAUACUGAAACCGUUUACAAUGAAGAGUUCUAUAGUAAAUUAGAUGGUGUUUGUAAUGCUCUCGAUAAUGUCGAUGCUCGUUUAUACAUGGAUUCUCAAUGUGUUUAUUAUGGUAAACCACUUUUAGAAUCUGGUACUCUUGGUACUAAAGGUAACACCCAAGUUGUUGUUCCAUUCCUCACUGAAUCAUACAGCAGCAGUCGUGAUGCCCCAGAAAAAUCCAUUCCAAUGUGUACUCUUCACAAUUUCCCAAAUGCUAUUGAACACACCAUUCAAUGGGCUCGUGAUACAUUUGAAGGUAUCUUUAAGAAUGCUGCAGAUAACGUAAAUUCAUAUCUCACCAACCCAGAUUUUGUUAAAUCAUUAGGUUCACAAAACCCACAUGUUCGUUUAGAAAUCCUCAACCAAAUCAAAUCAUAUCUCUUAGAUAGACCAUUAGAUUUCAAUCAAUGUAUUGCUUGGGCUCGUUUCAAAUUUGAAGAGUACUUUAACAAUAGUAUCGAGCAAUUACUUUACAACUUCCCAAAGGAUAUGGUUACUUCAACUGGUGCCAUGUUCUGGUCUGGUCCAAAACGUGCUCCAAAUCCAAUCAAAUUUGACGCUAAUAACCCAUUACAUUUAGAGUUCAUUAUUAGUGCUGCUAACUUACGUGCUUUCAAUUAUGGUAUUAAACCAGAUACCAAUACCGAGGUUGUCAAGAAACAAGCUGCCAAUGUUAUUGUCCCAGAUUUCACUCCAAAGAAAAUUAAAAUCCAAACUUCAGAAAAUGAACCAGCUCCAAGCCAACCAACUAAUGAUAAUGACGAUGACCAAUGUGACAAAAUCCUUAGUGAACUCCCACAACCAAGUGAAAUGGCCGGUUACAGAAUUAAUGCAAUCCAAUUUGAAAAAGAUGAUGACACCAACCACCACAUCGAUUUCAUUACUGCUACAUCAAAUUUACGUGCCACCAAUUACAGUAUCACCAAUGCUGAUAAACACAAAACAAAAGGUAUCGCUGGUAAAAUUAUUCCAGCUCUUGUAACCACCACCGCUGUUGUUGCUGGUUUAGUUUGUAUCGAAUUAAUCAAGAUUCACCAAAAGAAAGCCCUCGACAAAUACAAGAGCACUUUUAUGAACCUUGGUAUUCCAUUCUUUGGUUUUGUUGAACCAAUUGCAGCUCCAAAGAAUAAGAUCCGUGAUGACUGGAGCUGGACUCUUUGGGAUCGUUUCGAUGUUGAAGGUGAUAUCACCCUUCAAGAGUUCCUCACUCUCUUCGAAACCAAAUACAAAUUAGAAAUCUCAAUGCUUUCAUGUAAUGUAACUUUAUUAUAUGCCCUUUUCACUGACAAGAAGACCAAAGAAGAAAGAUUGAAGACUAAAUUAAGCAAACUCUAUGAAACUUUAUCAAAAAAACCAUUACCAGAAAAGAAAUAUUUAGUAUUUGAAAUUUGUUGCACUGAUAUGGAUAAUGAUGAAGAUGUCGAUGUUCCAUAUGUUAGAUAUAAAUUCAGAAAUUAAAUCAUAAAAAACAUUUAACUUUUAUUUUUACAAAAAAAAAAUAAAAAAAAUAUCAAAUAAUACUUAAUAUAACAAUAAAAAAUAAAAUUUUUUUUCUUUUUAAAUAU